AUGGCUAGCAGCAAAUUUCAGCUUGGCUCCAUUGAGAACCCUGUGAAGUUUAAAGAUCAGGAUUAUAUUUCCCUUAGAGAUGCCUGCUUGAAGUCUGUCUCUAUGUUCUGUGACCCCAGCUUUCCUGCUGACCAGAGCUCCAUAGGCAUGCCAGAGGAUCCCAACCCUGACAAGGAGGUGACCUGGUUACGACCAAAGGAGAUCUGCGAAAAUGCUGUGUUUGUGGAGGGCAGCACCGGCACCACAGAUAUCUGCCAGGGCCAGCUGGGUAACUGCUGGCUCUUGGCAGCCCUGUCCUGUCUCACCAUGUAUCCUAAGCUCUUUGUGAAGGUUGUUCCAUCCAAGCAGAGUUUGACCGAGGCAUAUGCUGGGAUCUUUCAUUUCUGUUUCUGGCAGUAUGGGGAGUGGGUUGAGGUGGUGGUGGACGAUCGGCUGCCGGUGCGCAGCGGCCGUUUGCUCUUCAGCUACUCCCGCAGCAGAAACGAGUUCUGGAGCGCCCUGGUGGAGAAAGCCUACGCCAAGUUGAUGGGACACUACAGCGGUCUGAAGGGGGGUAACAUCUCAGAGGGGAUGGAGGACUUCACGGGGGGCAUUGCUUACUCGCAGCCUGUGUCUGCCUACACGCCCUCUGUGAUCUGGAGACAGCUCUCCGCAGCGCUGUCCAGGGGAACCCUGCUCAGCUGCUUCAUACAGGCCAAGACCUGGUCUGAGAUUGGGACCGUGACCUCAGAGGGGCUGGUGAGGGGUCAUGCCUAUGCCAUCACCGACACAGACAAGGUCCAAAAGGACUCGACUGAGGUUCAACUGGUGAGAUUGCGCAACCCGUGGGGUUUUGUGGAGUACCGUGGACCCUGGAGUGACAAGUCUAAGGACUGGGAGACGGUUGACAAGGCUGAAAUUAAAAGACUGGAGCUUAAAAAGGCGGAGGAUGGAGAGUUCUGGAUUGCAGUGGAGGCUUUCAGCAGCCUCUUUGACCUGAUGGAGCUGUGCAGCUUGAGCCCAGACUCCCUUAAUGACAGCAGCAGCAAUGGCGCCCCCUCUUGGUCUCUCACCUCAUAUGACGGCUCAUGGGUCCCAGGUUGCUCUGCAGGGGGCAGCCGCAGAUAUAGACGAUCAUUUUGGAAAAACCCACAGUUUCAAUUGGCACUGACCGCAGCAGACGUCCAGGGAGAGGAUGAUGAUGAUGGAGAUGACGAUGAAGAUGAUGGAGAUGACGAUGAAGAUGACGAGGAGAAAACUGAUAAUGCAGCGCUGAGUCCUUCCGCUCAGAAGCAGAAGGAGAAAGGGAAGAAGUGCACUGUACUGGUGGAGCUGCUCCAGAAGGACUGCAGAAGCAAGCGGACGGUCAAGUUCCUUUACAUGGCCUUCCACAUCUAUAAGUUCCAGAAUAGCGUGGGCUGUCUGGAUCAGGCAUUCUUUACGUCCCAUCGACCUGUGGGCCGCUCGGGGAAGUACCAGGCCCUGCGGGGGGUGUAUGGGAAGGUGCUGCUGGAGCCGGGGAUCUACGUCAUCGUGCCCUCCACCUACAGACCCAACAUCCCCGGGGACUUCUUCCUCCGCAUCUACGCCAAGACCGGCAACACACUGGGACAUGAAGAGUUCACCUGCUCCACUGACAUCCUCACGACCGUGAUGUCAAACCCACCUUUGCCUGCGGACCAAAUGAGAGUGGAUAACUGGUUUGAUCAGGAGGACGCCUCUGAUGACAGACUGGAUGCUGCCGCGUUCAAGAGGCUUGUGAACUCAGUUUUGGAGAAGGACUAUCGUCUUCCUCUGGAGACUUGCCGACAGCUUGUUUUGGGAGAAGAUACUGGAGGACGGGCCAGACUGGACCGCACCCAGGCUCUGAAGCUUGUGACAUCACUGCGAAACCUACAAUCAACCUUUUUCCUACAUGAUGAGGACUCAUCUGGAACUAUGAGCCCCUUUGAGCUCGCUGAAGCCCUGAAUGCAUCAGGUAUGAAGUGUGACAGUGAGGUUGUGAAGGUGCUGUGGGAACGCUUUGGCUCUGGAGAGCUUCAUCUGCCCUUCCAUGGCUUUGUGUCCUGUGUCACCAGGCUGAGAACACUUCAUGACCUGUAUCAGUCAGAGAGCCCUGAGGUGAAGACCCAAGGGAUGACCACUUGGCUACCGAGACUGCUGGCUUUGUGAGAAUACUCCAGAAUACUCCAGAUCCAAGAUGUUUCAGCAUUCACUAUGAGAGAAUCUACAGUACGCUUGUCUCCCUUUAUUCUUUCCAUCAGCCAUAAGAGCCUAAAAGCAUUUUAAUGUCUGAGAUUAAAGUUUUGUCUGUAGUCUUUGUGGUAGUGUAUUGUGACUGUCCAGUCUAUCACUGAAUUAGUUUAAGCAUUUUAUUCCAUUCUAGUUAACAGCUGGAAAUUAUAGUUUGUAGGAAAGUGUGGAUUUUAAAAUUAAAGAGAAAUCAUUUUGAAUAUAGAUGUUUGCAAAGUUAAAGGUCAAUGAGU